GCGUUCCUGGAUUUAGUGGUAUUACUUGCCAAAUUGAUACCGAUGAAUGCGUGAGUAAUCCAUGUUUAAAUUCCGGCACAUGUUUAGACCAAGUUAAUGGUUUCCAAUGCAUAUGUUCGACCGGCUACAGCGGAAGCCUGUGUUCAAUGAAUAUUGACGAAUGUGUGAGUGAUCCAUGCCAGAAUGGCGCAACUUGUGAAGAUGAAAUCAAUGGCUUCAAGUGCAUCUGCACAAGUGCAUAUGCAGGUAGCACUUGUGACACCGACAUCAAUGAAUGUGGAAGUUCCCCUUGUGCAAACGGUGCCACCUGUGUAGAUCUCAUUGACAGCUUUGCCUGUACUUGUAUGGACGGUUUUGAGGGACUACAAUGUGGGGUAAACACCGAUGAGUGUUUGAGUGACCCUUGCCAACAUUCUGGCUCCUGUAUUGACGAGAUAAAUGGGUUUAACUGCCAUUGUAUUGCUGGAUAUAAUGGGACCCGAUGCGAAAUUGACAUUGAUGAAUGUUUAAGCUCUCCCUGUGAAAAUGCAGGGACUUGUGUUGAUGGUCAAAAUGGAUUUCAUUGCAGCUGCAUGGGUGGCUAUACUGGAAGUACAUGCGACGUGAAUAUUAAUGAAUGUAAUAGCAGUCCGUGUCAGCAUGGUGGAAUAUGCAUAGACGCGAUAAACGCAUACACGUGCGUAUGUUCACCGGGAUUUACUGGCGCGAUUUGUGACGUAGACAUUGACGAAUGCUUGAACAAUUCGUGUAUGAACAAUGCAUCUUGCUUGGAUGGUAUUAAUGAGUAUACUUGUUUGUGUCCCACCGGCUUCAAUGGUUCAUUAUGUGAAAUCGACGUUGAUGAGUGUACAAGUUAUCCAUGUUUAAACGGAGCCACGUGCAAUGAUGGUACCAAUGGGUUCACUUGUAUUUGCACAAGUGGCUAUACUGGAGAUCUCUGUGAGGUUGACGUUGACGAGUGUGAAAGUUUUCCAUGUCAACAUGGUGGAACAUGUAGCGAUAAUGUCAACGGAUUCAAUUGUUCUUGUGCCCCUGGUUACCGAGGUUAUCUCUGCAGCUUAGAAAUCGACGAAUGCACAAGUCUACCUUGCAUGAAUAACGGCACAUGUAAUGACUACGUCGACAACUUCAUAUGCGCAUGUGCUGAUGGAUUCAAAGGUCAUGUAUGUGAAACAGACAUCAAUGAGUGUGAAAGUUCACCUUGUCAGAAUGAAGCGACAUGCUAUGAUGAUAUCAAUAGAUAUAAUUGCGCAUGUGCUAGAGGGUACUUUGGCCUGAAUUGUGAGAUGGAAUAUGACGAAUGUGAUAGCUUUCCGUGUUUCAAUAAUGCAACGUGUUACGAUGAAGUUGACGGAUAUUUUUGUGACUGUUUCUCGGGUUUCAAUGGUGAGCAGUGCCAACUUGAAGUUAAUGAGUGCGAAAGUUCACCGUGUAUGAACAACGGAACAUGCGUAGAUGAUUUCAACAGACAUUUCUGCUUGUGCGUACAGGGAUUUUCUGGUUAUCUUUGUGAAAAUGAAACAGACGAAUGUCUGAGUGAACCGUGUGAAAAUGGUGGUGUGUGUGCGGAUUACUUCAAUAAUUUCGCAUGCAAAUGUCAGCCAGGGUUUCAAGGAGAGUUUUGCGAAAUUGAUUUUAAUGAGUGCAGUAGUGAUCCUUGUGCAAACCAUGGUAACUGCUCAGAUAGUGUUAAUGGAUUCCACUGUGCAUGUGCUCCAGGCUUUACGGGAUCCACCUGCAAUGUCAACAUAGAUGAAUGUCAAAGUUUACCAUGUCAAAAUAGUGGAACAUGUACUGAUGGUAUCAAUGGGUACUCUUGCAACUGCACAGCAGGUUUUACUGGUGACUAUUGUCAAACUGACAUAGAUGAGUGUUUGAGUGACCCAUGCCAGAAUAACGCAACAUGUGUUGACGAAGUUGCUACGUUCACAUGUAUUUGUCAGUCAGGAUAUGUUGGAAACUUUUGUGACAUCAAUUACAACGAAUGCCAAUCUGAACCAUGUUUCAAUGGAGCGACGUGUCAAGAUGAGGUCAAUAAGUACUCCUGUAUUUGUCAACCUGGUUUCGAUGGCACCGCGUGUUCAGAAAACGUUGACGAAUGUCAUAGUCUGCCUUGUCUAAAUAAUGGGACUUGUACUGACGAAAUUAAUAGUUUUACAUGUUUGUGUGAAGACGGAUACAUGGGUACAAUCUGCUCAGAGAAUGUUGACGAAUGUCAGAGUUUACCAUGUCAAAAUUUCGGCACGUGUUACGAUGAAGUUAAUGGGUUCUAUUGUCAUUGUUCCAUAGGAUUCGAAGGGAAGCUAUGCCACGUUGACAUCGACGAGUGUGAGAGUUCUCCAUGCGGAAAUGAUGGCACGUGUCAAGACAUGGUAGAUGGAUUCAAAUGCACAUGUUCUAAUGGUUUCGCGGGAAUAAAAUGUGAAAUUGACGUUAAUGAGUGCUCUAGUGAACCAUGUCAAAAUAGCGGGAAUUGUACAGACAAUAUCGACGGGUUUCUUUGCCAUUGUGCUCAUGGAUUCGACGGAAUGACAUGCAGUGAAGACAUUAAUGAGUGUGAAAGCUUUCCGUGCGCAAAUAAUGGGACGUGUACAGAUGGAAUUGCAAGUUUCACGUGUGAAUGUGACACCGGCUACACAGGAGACCUCUGCCAUGUAGACAUCGAUGACUGUGCAGGCUCACAAUGUCUAAAUGGCGCGACCUGUUUAGAUCUUGUAGGACGUCGUCUUUGUAUCUGUGCUCCUGGCUUUCAAGGUGAUGUCUGUCAGAUUGAAGUUAACGAAUGUAAUAGCAGUCCAUGUUUAAAUUCAGGUACUUGUGUCGAUCAAUUAAACAGCUAUCGUUGCCAAUGUGCGCCUGGUUUUUACGGUAACCAAUGCGAGGCGGAACAUGAUGAAUGUUCUUCAGUACCCUGCCAGCAUGGCAGCACUUGUGUAGAUAUGAUCGCAGGAUUUUCAUGUCACUGUUCACCAGGCUACAUUGGUGACAUUUGUGAAGAGGACGAAGACAACUGCGCUUCGAAGCCGUGUUUCAAUAACGGAACAUGCUCUGAUGGUAUCAACACCUUUUACUGUCAAUGUCCGAAUGGAUUUACGGGUCAAACUUGUGAAAUUAAUAUUGAUGAGUGUUUAACUAAUAACCAACCGUGUGCAAAUGGAGCCACAUGCAUUGAUCUCGUAGCGAGUUUUAAUUGCUCAUGCGUAGAAGGAUUUACAGGUGACCGUUGUGAAGUGAACAUUAAUGAAUGCGAUAGUUCCCCAUGUAAGAACCAAGCCAAGUGCGUAGAUGAUUUGGAUAUGUACACUUGUAUAUGUCCAUCGGGUUUCACAGGUGAUCUAUGUGAGAAAGAUCUUAAUGAAUGCGGCAGUAAUCCUUGCAAAAACGGAGCAUGCGUAGAUUUGCCUGGAGAAUUUGAGUGUAAAUGUAGCAAUUUUUACGUUGGAAAAACGUGCGAAUCUUUGAUAGACGAUGUGUGCUCCAAGAUUCCAUGUGAGAAUGGCAAGUGUCGGUUACUAGCGGUGAAUGAGUUUGAGUGCCUAUGUGACACUGGUUUCUAUGGUUCCUUCUGCAGUAUAGAUUUGUCUAAGCACGAGUACUUCAUUAACGUCAUUGGUCCCCUGGAGGAUAAAGUCAAGUUUGAAAUUGGAAUGAAUGCUCUUCUUGGAGGAUCCCAGAUGAAGCGCAGCUCGACAGUACAGACCAAGAUAAUCGCAACCGAUGAAUAUGAAGAUGUACUUACAAAACAACGUGUGACUCACGUGACAUUCAUCGUCACCAUAUCUGACGAACUGUUAACGUCACAAGAGAUUGAAAAUCUUCUUAACUCUUAUUUGGAUGAGGACAUAUCAUUAGCCAUCAACCAAAAACUACACAAUGGUAAAGCCGAACCGGUCACACAAACUAACGAUGAAAAAUCUGGUUAGUUCUAAGUACCGGCGAGAUUGUAACAACGUUGAAAAUGACAGGACAAUGGAAAUUGUGAACCCAGCUUUUGAAAGAGAGGAGAAUUAUUAUUAUGAGAUGCCUCUGUCACCAGAAGCAAAUACAGCCA